GAUGAAUUUGUGCCAGAGGAAAGUGGAGAACAGCCUGGUUUGGUAGCAAAGAAUUUGAUGCUGCUUCCUCGCUCCUAAGCAGGAAGGAAGAAGCAUGUCUGGUACCUCUAAUCUCACUGAGACCCUGGAAGAUGCUUUCCAGAGGAUUUUCAUCACGUAUAUGGAUGACUGGCGUCGGAACACCUCGGCUCAGCAAGAAGCCCUGCAAGCCAAGGUGGACGCGGAGAAUUUUAACUAUGUCAUCUUGUAUCUAAUGGUGAUGAUUGGCAUGUUCUCCUUCAUCAUCGUUGCCAUCCUAGUGAGUACGGUGAAGUCCAAAAGGCGGGAACACUCCAACGACCCCUACCACCAGUACAUUGUGGACGACUGGCAAAAGAAAUACAGGAAUCAGGUCUCAGGCCUGGAUGAACCCAGGGCCACCAUCCAUGAGAAUGUUGGUGCUACUGGAUUCAAAUUCUUUCCUUAA